AGAGGGGACGCAGUGGUGUGUCGCACCCGCGCUGGAACGACCGUCGCUCUCGCUGGCUGACUUUUGUGGUAGACUGCGACCGCCAUGUCCCUCGACUGGUGCACUACAGGCGCCCUGGUGGUUCUUGCAAUGUGGCUGCUGUGGAAGUACCUGUCGUGGAACCACGGCUACUGGCAGAGACUGGGGGUUCCCUGCCCAGAACCAUCUGUGCCAUUUGGAAACAUGAAACAUGCAAUGCUCGGCAAUAAACACAUCACGGAGGUCAUCAGAGACAUCUACUGCCAGAUGGAAGGCGAGCCGUUCUGUGGCUUCUACCGCUUCCGGGAGCCGCUGCUGCUUGUGAGGGACGCCGAUCUGGCGAGGACGAUGCUUGUCAGGGACUUCACGUCGUUCCAUGACAACAGCUUCCACGUCGACGAGAACCUCGAUCCGUUGUUCGCGAGGAAUCCAUUCUUUCUUAAAGGUGAAAAGUGGAGGAAGCAACGCUCGCAGCUGAGUCCGUCCUUCACGGCGAGCCGCCUGAAGCCGAUGUUCCUGCUGAUGAAGGAGGUGUGUGACGACCUGGUGCGGGUGCUCAAGGACCACUCCAAGGCUAGCGGAGAUGGUGUCGAGGCUCUGGGGAUAUGUAUGCGAUACACGACUGACGUAGUGACUUCCUGUGCUCUGGGGAUCAAAGGAGGCGCCCUCGAUGACCAGAAGUCGGAAAUGUUGGAGAUGUUCAGUUUGAUUUUGGAGCCCAACACUAACAGCUCCAUCAGGUUCAUGAUCACCAGUGCCUGUCCUCGCUUGGCAUCUCUUCUUCACCUGAGGUUGAUGCCGGAGGAGGUGGACAAUUUCCUACGCAGCGUCGUGGGCCAGACGGUGGCUCGCCGCCAACAUGACGGUGUCUACCGCAACGACUACCUGCAGAUGCUGGUCGAGCUCAAGACCAAGGGAUACCUGGACGGCGCGGGGCAGGUGCUCGCCGACAAAACCUUCUUCACGGAUCUGGACAUAGCGGCGCAAGUAACGACUUUCAUGACGGACGGCGUGCACACCAGCUCCACGGCCAUGUCGUUCGUGCUGUACGAGUUGGCGCUCCACCCAGACGUGCAGCAGCGGCUGCGGCAGGAGCUGCAGGAAGCUCUCAGCAAACAUGGAGGGCAGCUCGGCUACGACGUCAUCCAAGAGGCCACUUAUCUGGACAUGGUCAUCUCAGAGACGCUGCGGCUGUUCCCUCCUGGAGGGCACCUGGAGAAGACGUGCACGGCGGCCUACCCACUGACGACAGCUACCGGCCGCUCCGUGACGUUGCAGCCAGGCACCACAGUGGUCGUCUCCAUCUUCGGCCUGCACCGCGACCCUCGCUACUUCCCAGAGCCGGAUGUCUUUGACCCUGAACGAUUCUCACCAGACAACAAGGAUCGCACCUCGAUGCAAGCGUUCACACCUUUCGGAUUGGGACCACGCUCCUGUUUGGGUCAGCGAUUUGCACUGUCACAGGUCAAGAUGGGCUUGGCGGCCAUAGUUCUCAGCCUGGAAAUAUGUUGCACACCACUUACCUCCAAGUCUGUCGAGAUGGAUCCCAAGUCUCUUCUGACUGCCAACAAGAAUGGCUUAUGGCUUGCUUUCCGACCUCUUCCUGCAUAGGCGAGGAAGACUGACGAAUAAGAUUAAUGUCCAAUUGUUCAUGUUAAUUUGUAUAUCUUUGUAUGGGUUAAAAAACUGCACUUCAAUAAAAGAGCUUUUUUC